CCGGUAGAGUAAAAUAGAACUCUCACGUCUUCCGAAAAUCAUAUUGAUAAGCUGUUUCUCAAUUAAUAAACCUUCAGAACGAAGGUGCUGUGAUUUAUUCAGGGAUAUUUACUCAGAGAUUUAAUUUUACUUUGGAUUUAAUGUAUUAACAAAGUGAAGAUGGUACCACAAAAUAGCCCAAGUGCCUCGAGCGAUUAUAGUGACGAUGGCUUGAACAAUAAUCAAUCAGUAAUGUUUGGAUCACAACUGAUAAAUCCAAACACUAUUACUCCAUAUUCGGAUGCUACAAUGUGUAAGAAAGCGACAAAUCAUGUCAAACGACCUAUGAAUGCGUUUAUGGUCUGGUCACAAAUAGAACGAAGGAAGAUUUCUGAAGUAGCCCCGGACAUGCACAACGCCGAAAUCAGUAAACAGUUGGGUGCUCGUUGGAAAUUACUUGAUGAAAAUGACAGACAACCUUACAUCGAAGAAGCUGAAAGAUUACGAUUAUUACACAUGCAGGAAUAUCCAGACUAUAAAUACAGACCAAGGAAGAAGGCCAAGCCAGCAGGGGCAAAAACAGAAGUUGCAAAAGGCAAAGUCACUAAGCCUGUGUCAAAGUCAAAAAAUGACAGAAAUCGUUAUCAAAAGACCACCUCAGCUGUAAAAGCAGCCUUAUCAACGCCAUCCCAGUAUACGACCAGUACCUUACACUCCAGUAAUACUCAAAACAGCCGGCUCAAACUGAAACUGACAAUCGAUGAAAAAUUCAAAGAGUGUAUUCGUGCCAGUAAAAAUAUUCAGGUACCAUCCUGCCAACUUACACCACCGGGUAAAGUUCCAGCCAGCCCAGAAUAUACACCCAUGACCCCCGAGUCAACAUUUUACCCAGAGGAUCAUUACGAUACCCCAGCACCCUCCCCUCAAGAAGAGGUUGGAGUUAUUGUGAAAACGGAAUAUCAUAUCAAUAAUAACUGUAUACAGCAGCCCGAAGGCUCGUCUCUCGCAGAUCUGGAUAAUCUCACUGACAUUCUUCAAAUGCCCACAAAUUGGCAAAUGGAUAUUGAAAAUAUGGAUUUAAGUAAACUCGCAGACACUGACUUUCCAAAUUUUGACACAAACAUUCAACCAGUGCACAAUAAUAUUAUUACAAGUAUGGUACAUUCAACGUCAAGUGCGAUAGUCCAAAAUAGUGCUACAGUCAUUCUAAACACAAAUCCAUCGUCACAUUUCGAAUUUCCAGAUUACUCCACAGCUGAAGUUUCAGAAAUGAUUGGACUUGAAAACGAGUGGCUAGAAAUAUCAACUCUGCUCACUAGACAUUAUUGA